AUGACUGCCGGGCUGGGUGUCGUGCUCCUGAUGGCGGCGGGCCUCUCAGGCCUCGUUCGAGGCUUCCAACCUCUCUUCUCAUCCAAUUCCAGCGCUCACAGUCACAUCACACAAAGGGCGGUUCUUAGAAAGACGUUUGAGGUCUGCCGAGAUAUCGCUGCCUCUGAGGGACGGGAAUUCAACCUGAUUAUUGGAGACGUCCUGACAACGGACGAUGUGCAAAUGGCCUGUUCCUCCCCAGGGAAUUCCACAGCUCUCCUUUCCAGUGUCAUAUUCCAAACGUCUCUGUUCAACAUGGUCCCCGGCAACGCAUUGGUGGAUGUGGUGUAUGACCUGAGUGGGGAGCACCAUUUUGACGAUGAAACCUUCCAGGGAGGACGUGCUGUUAUCACUGCAGGCGUGGCUGCUGUUAAGGCCAGUGUGAAGCUGGGGAACUUUGUUGCAGGGAGAAGGACUCUCGGAAAAGUCUGUCACACCCUGCAGGACUUCUACAGCCACAGUCCUUACACUGCCCUGAUCAAACCAGACCAGCCUCUCGAGAACCUAGCAGACAGGAGUACUCCAACCUGUAGUAGCUGCGAAGAAGGGAAAUGUGAUAACAACAUCCUGCCUUUUUAUAAAUGUUUCUGUUCCUUUCUCUUUGAGGUGACAGUUUUUCAGGUGGUGAAGAAUCCCGGGCAGCCUGAUCGUUUUACAUUUAUUGUUGAUGGUUCGUUGAGGAACGUGAUUGUAUACGUCACAGGAGACUCAUCUUUCACCUUCAUUCUCACCAGCUCCUCAGGUUUAUCUCAGACCUCCAGUCAGUCCAGUGGUCCUCUGGCAUCCUCCAUUACAGCAGGAAACCUACAUCGUCUGAGCCUCAACACUGAUAAUCAAACAGGAUCUUGGCAAAUCAGUGUUGACUCUAAUAGUCCUUAUUCUGUUAAGGUCAUAGGUCAGAGUCCAUUGAACUUAAUUCAUUACCUCUUGGAAGCACAUGAUGGAGCCUGCAGAGGCUUAAACCUAAAGGAGGGACGUCCUCUUUCAGGUGGCAAUCUCAGCCUCUUGGUCUUUGUGGCAGGAAGUGACCAGUUAUCAGAGGUCAAUCUGUUUGACAGCUCUGGGCCGACGGAGGUCAAUGGAUCAAUACAGUUGAUGGGACUUGGUACCUUCCUGGUGACAUUCAGCAGAGUCCCAGCAGGGAACUACGUGGUUCUUUUGAAAGGACAGGACAGCAGCUCCACCUCAAUGUCCUCAAAGAACAGUUUCCAGAGACAGUCGCCCACAGGGAUCAGGACCAGUAGCAUCUCUGUAAGUCUGAGUGCUGCUCAAGCCAACAACACCAACAUAGAGCCAGGUUCCACCAUCUCCAUCCCCUUCACUGUCGCCACAACCAACAGAGGGGUUGUUGACACCUCUGCAACUGAGACCUUCACGGUCCGUGCAACCAACGACCACAGCUACCCUUCCUCUUCACCCAGCACGGUCACUGCAGAGGCAGGAAGCGGAGGCACAGCCAAUGGUAGCGGGACCUUGACAGUACCGGGCAGCGCCGUGUCAGGAACAGAUGUGACCCUCACCAUCGUGGCAGAAAACGCAGCCGCCGGUGACUUCAACUAUGCCGUCCUAAGGUUUUCUGUGGUAUCCAAGGUACGAGAGAAAGGAAUACUGCCCCCCCCCAUGUGCCACAUCAGCAGCACAUCGACCAACUGUACGACCUCUCACUCACUCUGUUCUUCCUCUCAAUGGGAAUUCAUUGCUAAUUUCACUGAUGGCAUCAAUGGAACCGGCAUUGAUUGCAUAGUCGUCCUCAAGGGGAACUGUACCCUCAACACCAGCACAGUGGCUGGAGCGGGGGGUGAGAACAUUACGGUGGUUACCUACAGCGCCUCCUGCUGUGCACCGAAUGUGGUGCUUGCCGCUGUGGACAACGUGGGGAAUGUGGGCAAGUGUGAGAGACAGGUUCGGGAAUCAACCACAGCCGCACCUGCCACUCCACGUACGACCACAACCACGGCCGCAACUACGACUACAGCAUCCACAGGGGGGCACACUUUGAGCAUGUCUCGCUGUCUAUGGAUCACUGCUGCAGUUUAUCUCCUGUGGAAGUAG